AGGGGGUCCGCAGAGGAGCGAUGGCGGCGGGUGGCGUGGUGCUACGCGCGGAGGCGACGGCGCAGGGCGAGGAGGAGGAGGCGGCGGCGGCGGCAGGAGGGAAGGGCGAGGAGGAAAAGAAGGAGGAGGAGGGAGAAGAGGAGGAGUGGUACCUGCAGCGGAUGGGCCACCACAAGGGCCGGAUCCUGCUGUCGGGAGACGAGGUGGCGUGUGGCCGUGGCAUGGAGGUGACGGCGCGCCUCGUGUCGCUUCACCACCCACUCAUGGUGUCGCGCAAACACUGCGUGUUCACCCGCUGCCCACCAGGAGCCUCCCCGCAUAGAGAGCCCUGCUGGAGCGUCACCGACUGCCGGAGCAUCAACGGCGUGUAUGUGAACGGGGAGCGGAUUGAUCCCGGCACGCCACACGUGCUCUCCGCGGGCGACACCGUGCAGAUCGGCGUGCGCCUCGAAAGCCAGCAGAGCCCCGAGUUCGAGUACCGCGUGGUGCGCACGGCGCUGCGGACUUGCCUCGCCGAGCCGCCAGCGCCGUCAAGUUCGGGCUCCCCGCCCGAGAAACGCAAGCGUGAGGAGGAAACGCGUGGGGUUGGCAGUGUCCUCCACCGGCCGAGGCCGUUCACUGGCAAGAAACCCAGAAUGGACGCCGCCCAUUCAGGCCCUUCCCAGGAUAGCGGAGCCAGGGAGCUCGGAGAUGCGCCAUCACGAGAGACGCAGGAGUCGACCGGCGACCUCCCUCGGAGGUCAAACCCAGGCACCUCGCGGAGCGGCGGCGGUGGCGGGGAAGAGGAUGACCCCACGCAAAGCACCUUGGAGAGUGCAGCAGCGGAGAAGGGCGAAGGACAUGGAGGGGAUUGUGAGAGUGUGCGGAGCGGCCCCGCGGCGGAACCCUGGCCCUCCCCUGUGGGAAUUGCCGACGAGAAGCGAGGGAAGCGCUGGCUUGGAGCCGCCUCGUGCGAGCCCGGCAAGGACGACGUGGUGGGAGUGCGCAGCGAGCGGGAGUGGCGCCGCCUGCAGCGUGAGCUUGCGGAGGAAAGAGAGAGGCAGCGGCAGAACCAGCUGGCACUCCGCGAGCAGCAGAUGCAGCUAGAGCAAGAGAAGACUGAGAAGAAACAGGUGAUCUGCUCGUUUGAGAACGUGAUGGAGAAUGAGCUGCAGUGCAUCAUCUGCUCCGAGCUCUUCAUUCAGGCCACGACGCUGAGCUGUGCUCACACUUUCUGCCGCAACUGCAUCGAGGAGUGGCUGAAGCAGAAGGAGCUGUGCCCAAUCUGCCGCGCAAGCCCCACAUCCAGCACGCCCUCCCUCGUCCUCGACAACUGCAUCGCUCGCAUGGUCGAGUCGCUAGGGCAGGAGAAAAAGGCCGAGAGAGACGAGAUUGUGAGAGAGAGAUUGCAGCUCGCCCAAGGGGCAUCGGCAUCGACUUCUCGGGCGAGAGAUUUGAACUGGGCGCCGGAGAGGGAGUUGAACGAGGACCGCCGCUGGCCGCACGAGCGGCCGAGUUGCCCCCUACGCCGGAGAGGGGGAGCCGCCCGGGCCCGCAUGAGCGUAGUCCGGCAGCGACGCGCUGAGACGCAGGGCACCCGGAAUUCCCUCCGUGCCAAAAACUCCACUACCAAUAUUGUGGGCACACACAUACUGUCAUCCUCGUCAUCUUCAUCGUCAUCAUCGUCGUCAUCGUCGUCAUCGUCAUCAUCUACAACUUCAUCUGAUGAAGAUUAAGUCAUUCUUAGCCACCGUGAUUUACUCGGCGUGACACAACGGUCGGUAUGCCGGGAACCAAAUGUUCAUAUUUGCGAGUGAUUAUUCAUUCUCAUAGGUGCCUACGACCGAUGUUUUGUUACCGGUGAGAAUAGAACGGUCGUGACACCACCUCGUCUAUAACUGUUAAUUAUACCACCUCCUUACUACGGACCUCGUCAUGACGUGACUGGCCUCUGAUGCGGGGUACCUGUGCAAGUGACGUGCCGCCUCGUGUGUAUGUGUGUGAAGCUUGUGGGUGUUCGUUGCGGUGAGCGAGUGCUGUGAAGCUGCUCGAGUUAAAAUGUUUUCUAGCAAAAAUAAAUCCGCAGUGUCGUAGAGCACUAAGCAGACAAAAAUAAUUAGGGACGUUUUUUUUCACAUCUCAUCAGGCAUACGGCCUUGUCGGAGUGCAUAUUUCAACAAGAUUUCAAAACAUUGUCGCGUCAGCAGAUUUGGGCUUACUUGAGCCACUUGGUGAACUGCUAGAUGUUUCUAGACAAGAAUAUAGGUUCUCGUUCGAUGCUAAACUCAUCCACAACUCGACUAGCAAGCAUUACUCGAUCAGCGUUUUGCAUUGCAGGCAGCACGGAAUCACAGCAGGCAACGCGGAUUGUUGGUGCUAAUGCCGGAUUCCAGACAGCACGGAUUACUGGCAGCACUUGGAUUUCAGACAGUAGUGUGGGAUUACUUAACUGUGGUUGGUUAGUGAUUACACCAUAAACUAUUCUUAAAUUUAUCCUUAUGGCGGAACCCCGGGGUACCAAAUAAUACAGAAUGGCCGAGGCAAUUCAAUAUAUUUUUUUCUGGGACUUAACUCCGCAACUGGGGGGUACCAAUCCGAAAUUGGUGCUACUCCGCGAUGUCGAAACGCAGCGAGGACGAUUGUGCGAUCCGGGGUACUAUGGUACCCCCCGGGGUAUCGCCAUCAGGUUCAGUUGUGAAAGAUGGCAUUCUUCGCCCCCUGCAAUGAAAAAAUUAGCACGACCUUCGUGAGACUGAGCAUUUUUUUGUGUAAACAAGUUAAAUCGUUAUCGUCGACAACCUCACCUUAUGAAGAUUAGGCCGUCCUUUGCUAGCGUGGCUUACUUGGCGUUACACGGGGGGGUCCGUUAACUGGAACUGAAGAUCGCACAAAAUUGUGAAACACUUUUAACUCGCUCUCAUUUUAUUCUACCAGGUAAGGCUCGCUGAGCUUUCCAGCUCUUUUUCCCGGAAGCGACCUGGCCACAUGAUACAUUUUCGAAGCGGCUUAUGUGGAAUUUUGUAAUCGUCCAAAUGGUCUAAACGCAUGUUUUAAAAUGUGAAGGGGGAAAAAACGGAGGACCUAUAGAAAAAAUCCAAGCGACCACGGGGAGAACAUGCAAACUCGAAAUAUACAGGCGUCACUUGUUGUCGCGGUGCGUGCGGCCGUGACCCCACCCUUACCUGUAACUUAUUCCGCCACCUCUUUUUCUAUGAACGUCGUCACUACAUACGUGCUGCCCUCUAUGAUGGGAGACACCUGCGCUGACGAUUUGCUGACCAAUAAAGUGUUUGUUUAGAA